AUGUCUAACACAGUUGCCCUGAGUAUGUCUUCCUCAGCAGCCCUGAGUAUGUCUUCCUCAGCAGCCCUGUGCAUGUCUUCCUCAGCAGCCCAGAGCAUGUCUUCCUCAGCAGCCCUGAGUAUGUCUUCCUCAGCAGCCCUGAGUAUGUCUUCCUCAGCAGCCCUGACAGCCCUGAGUAUGUCUUCCUCAGCAGCCCUGAGUAUGUCUUCCUCAGCAGCCCUGUGCAUGUCUUCCUCAGCAGCCCAGAGCAUGUCUUCCUCAGCAGCCCUGAGUAUGUCUUCCUCAGCAGCCCUGAGUAUGUCUUCCUCAGCAGCCCUGAGCACCACCUGCAGUAGUCCUCAGGAUGUCACCAGCCGUAGUCCUCAGGAUGUCGCCUGCAGUAGUCCUCAGGAUGUUGCCUGCAGUAGUCCUCAGGAUGUCGCCUGCAGUAGUCAUCAGGAUGUUGCCUGCAGUAGUCCUCAGGAUGUCACCUGCAGUAGACCUCAGGAUGUCGCCUGCAGUAGUCCUCAGGAUGUCACCUGCAGUAGUCAUCAGGAUGUCACCUGCAGUAGUCCUCAGGAUGUCACCAGCAGUACUCCUCAGGAUGUCACCUGCAGUAGUCAUCAGGAUGUCACCAGCAGUAGUCCUCAGGAUGUCACCUGCAGUAGUCCUCAGGAUGAUGUCACAUGCAGUAGUCCUCGGGAUGUCGCCUGCAGUAGUCCUCGGGAUGUGGCCUGCAGUAGUCCUCAGGAUGUCGCCUGCAGUAGUCCUCAGGAUGUCGCCUGCAGUAGUCCUCGGGAUGUCACAUGCAGUAGUCCUCAGGAUGUCACCUGCAGUAGUCCUCAGGAUGUCGCCUGCAGUAGUCCUCAGGAUGUCGCCUGCAGUAGUCCUCGGGAUGUCACAUGCAGUAGUCCUCUGGAUGUCACCUGCAGUAGUCCUCGGGAUGUCGCCUGCAGUAGUACUCAGGAUGUCGCGUGCAGUAGUCCUCAGGAUGUCGCCUGCAGUAGUCCUCAGGAUGUCGCCUGCAGUAGUCCUCGGGAUGUCGCCUGCAGUAGUCCUCGGGAUGUCGCCUGCAGUGGUCCUCGGGAUGUCGCCUGCAGUAGUCCUCUGGAUGUCGCCUGCAGUAGUCCUCAGAAUGUCGCCUGCAGUAGUCCUCGGGAUGUCGCCUGCAGUAGUCCUCGGGAUGUCGCCUGCAGUAGUCCUCAGGAUGUCGCCUGCAGUAGUCCUCGGGAUGUCGCCUGCAGUAGUCCUCAGGAUGUCGCCUGCAGUGGUCCUCGGGAUGUCGCCUGCAGUAGUCCUCGGGAUGUCGCCUGCAGUAGUCCUCAGGAUGUCGCCUGCAGUAGUCCUCGGGAUGUCGCCUGCAGUAGUCCUCGGGAUGUCACAUGCAGUAGUCCUCGGGAUGUCACAUGCAGUAGUCCUCAGGAUGUCACCUGCAGUAGUCCUCGGGAUGUCACAUGCAGUAGUCCUCAGGAUGUCACCUGCAGUAGUCCUCAGGAUGUCGCCUGCAGUAGUCCUCGGGAUGUCGCCUGCAGUAGUCCUCGGGAUGUCGCCUGCAGUAGUCCUCAGGAUGUCGCCUGCAGUAGUCCUCGGGAUGUCGCCUGCAGUAGUCCUCAGGAUGUCACCUGCAGUAGUCCUCAGGAUGUCACCUGCCGUAGUCCUCAGGAUGUCGCCUGCAGUAGUCCUCAGGAUGUCCCCUGCAGUAGUCCUCAGGAUGUCGCCUGCAGUAGUCCUCGGGAUGUCCCCUGCAGUAGUCCUCGGGAUGUCGCCUGCAGUAGUAUUCGGGAUGUCGCCUGCAGUAGUCCUCGGGAUGUCGCCUGCAGUAGUCCUCGGGAUGUCGCCUGCAGUAGUACUCGGGAUGUCGCCUGCAGUAGUCCUCAGGAUGUCGCCUGCAGUAGUCCUCGGGAUGUCGCCUGCAGUAGUCCUCAGGAUGUCACCUGCAGUAGUCCUCAGGAUGUCACUUGCCGUAGUCCUCAGGAUGUCGCCUGCAGUAGUCCUCAGGAUGUCGCCUGCAGUAGUCCUCAGGAUGUCACCUGCAGUAGUCCUCAAGAUGUCACCUGCCGUAGUCCUCAGGAUGUCGCCUGCAGUAGUCCUCAGGAUGUCACCUGCCGUAGUCCUCAGGAUGUCGCCUGCAGUAGUCCUCAGGAUGUUGCCUGCAGUAGUCCUCGGGAUGUUGCCUGCAGUAGUCCUCAGGAUGUUGCCUGCAGUAGUCCUCAGGAUGUUGCCUGCAGUAGUCCUCGGGAUGUCGCCUGCAGUAGUCCUCAGGAUGUUUCCUGCAGUAGUCCUCGGGAUGUCGCCUGCAGUAGUCCUCUGGAUGUCGCCUGCAGUAGUCCACAGGAUGUUGCCUGCAGUAGUCCUCAGGAUGUUGCCUGCAGUAGUCCUCGGGAUGUCGCCUGCAGUAGUCCUCAGGAUGUCCCCUGCAGUAGUCCUCAGGAUGUCGCCUGCAGUAGUCCUCGGGAUGUCGCCUGCAGUAGUCCUCAGGAUGUCCCCUGCAGUAGUCCUCAGGAUGUCCCCUGCAGUAGUCCUCAGGAUGUCACCUGCAGUAGCCCUCAGGAUGUCGCCUGCAGUAGUCCUCAGGAUGUCGCCUGCAGUAGUCCUCGGGAUGUCACCUGCAGUAGUCCUCAGGAUGUCACCUGCAGUAGCCCUCAGGAUGUCGCCUGCAGUAGUCCUCGGGAUGUCGCCUGCAGUAGUCCUCGGGAUGUCACCUGCAGUAGUCCUCAGGAUGUCCCCUGCAGUAGUCCUCAGGAUGUCGCCUGCAGUAGUCCUCAGGAUGUCCCCUGCAGUAGUCCUCAGGAUGUCCCCUGCAGUAGUCCUCAGGAUGUCGCCUGCAGUAGUCCUCAGGAUGUCACCUGCAGUAGUCCUCGGGAUUUCCCCUGCAGUAGUCCUCAGGAUGUCCCCUGCAGUAGUCCUCGGGAUGUCCCCUGCAGUAGUCCUCGGGAUGUCCCCUGCAGUUGUAUGGAUUACAAGAACCUCCAAAUCCAGGGAUCUCAUCACAAAACUCAUAUUAUUCAAAUCAUUUGUGUUGUCCCGCCUGGAGUACUGCUCGAUAUUCACUUCCAUGUUCAUUGCAGGAGAGAGUACUGGAAUAGUGGGAAUACAGAGAACAUAUGA